AUGGGCUUCCUGUGGAGCUGGUGGACACUCUGGGCUGGAGCAACCCUUCUGUGGGGGUUGACCCAGGAGGCCUCAGCGGACCCCAGCAAUGCUGAAGGGGAGGAAUUCCUCACAGCCUUCCUGCAGAACUACCAGCCCGGGUAUGUCAAGGGCAAUCUCUACCUCCUCAUCACCAGUCUGUCGGACAGCUCUGCUUCAGUUACCAUCCUCAGCCAGGCAGAUGGCACCUCGCAGAAUGUCCCAGUGAAGCCUGGGCAGUCGGUCAUGGUCAACAUCAGCACCAAGGCUGAGAUGAUCGGCAGCAAUAUCUUCCAGCACGCGGUAUUGGUCCGCUCUGAUCGCAACAUCUCUGUGCAGGCCAUAAACACUAAGCCCAACACAGAGGAUCUGACACUGCUGCGGCCUGUCAGCACCCUGGGAACAACGUACUUUGUGUUCACACCCCCUAGUGCCUCGGCUAAGAAUGUCAAGGAGUUUGCUGUGGUGGCUGGUGCGAAGGGUGCCUCGAUCAGUGUGCAGCUGAAGGCGGCAGUGACAUUCCAGGGCAACUUCUACCCGGGGGGCAGUGUCCUAACUGUGACUCUCAAGCCCUACCAAGUGGCCCAGGUACAGAGCACGGCUGAUCUCUCAGGGUCAAAGGUCACAGCCAGUAGCCCUGUGGUUGUCCUCUCCGGCCACAGCUGUGCCCAGAAACACACAAGCUGCAACCAUGUGGUGGAGCAGCUGUUACCCACGUCUGCCUGGGGCACCCACUAUGUGGUGCCCCCUCUGGCCUCCCAGACCCGCUUCGAUGUGGUCUAUGCCGUGGCCAGCCAGCCCACGAAGCUGACCUACAACCACGGGAACAUCAUCGGCUCCAGGGGACUCCAGGAGGGUGACGUGAUUGAGUUUGAGGUCCGGCCAUCCUGGCCACUCUUCCUAUCUGCAGAUGUGGGCAUCCAAGUCCUGUUGUUUGGCACGGGUGGCACAAGGGACAGAGUGACCUAUGACCCCUACUUGGUCCUGAUCCCAGAUGUGGAGGCCUACUGUCCUGCCUAUGUGGUCAAAAACUUCCCAGGCUCUAAGGGUGUGGCCCUAGUGGUGGCACAGACGAAGGCUGCUGACAAGCUGACCAUUGAUGGACACGAGCUGGGGACCAGGCUCACCUGGGCGACUGUUCCAGGCAGUGAGUUCUCGUAUGCUGAAGUGGACCUCAACAGUACUAACAUGAUCCACAUGACCAUGGCCAAUACCAGCUUCGGGCUGCUCACCUUUUGGCUGACCCAAUCUGGAGGCUACGGGACAGCAGCUGCCUGCGGCCAGACCCUAUUGUCUGCGGAGAAGCCCUCCUGCGAAGGUGUGCAGUGCCCUCCCUCGCAGAUCUGCCAGGUGGUGGAUGGGCAUGCCAAGUGCAUGCCAGGCUCCGUGGCCGUCUGCCGAGCCCAGGGUGACCCCCAUUACACCACCUUCGAUGGCCGUCGCUACGACAUGAUGGGCACGUGCUCGUACACGAUGGUGGAGCUGAACAGCGAGGACCAGACACUGCCAGCCUUCAGCGUGGAGGCCAAGAACGAGCACCGUGGCAGCCGCAGGGUCUCCUAUGUGGGUUUCGUCACCGUGCACGCCUACAGCCACUCUGUGUCGCUGGCCCGCGGAGAAGUUGGUUUCGCCCGGAUUGACAACCAGCGCUCGCGCCUGCCUGCUUCCCUGGCUGAGGGUAGCCUUCGUGUGUACCAGAGUGGGAGGCGGGCCAUAGUGGAGCUGGACUUCGGGCUGGUGGUCUCCUACGACUGGGACUGCCAGCUGGCACUGAGCCUGCCCACACGCUUCCAAGGCCAGGUGUACGGACUGUGUGGCAACUACAACGGCGAUGCCACUGACGACUUCCUCACACCUGACGGGGAGCAGGCUCCCAACGUUGUGGAGUUUGCCAAUAGCUGGAAGCUGGAUGAUGGGGACUUCUUGUGUGAGGACAGCUGCCAAGACAACUGUCCCUCCUGCACCCCAGGCCAGGCCCAGCACUAUGAGGGCGACCGUCUCUGCGGCAUGCUGACCAAGCCUAAUGGCCCCUUUGCCGCCUGCCAUGAUACCCUGAGCCCCUGGCCCUUCCUGAAGGAGUGUGUAUACGACCUGUGUGUGCUCAAUGGGGACCGCUCCAGCCUGUGCCGUGGCCUCAGUGUCUACGCCCAGGCCUGUCUGGAGCUCGGCGUCUCUAUCAAGGACUGGAGGUCACCAGCCAACUGCCCCCUGUCCUGCCCUGCCAACAGUCGCUACGAGCUCUGUGGCCCCGCCUGUCCCGCCUCCUGCAACCCCACUGCUGCUCCAGCCAACUGCUCCGGGCGCCCCGACACGCAGGGCUGUCCAGCCGGCGAGCGCUGCCGCGUCCAGAACGGCCUCCUGGGCUGCUAUCCCGACCGCUUCGGGAGUUGCCAGGCGUCGGGGGACCCGCACUACGUGAGCUUCGAUGGCCGGCGCUUCGACUUCAUGGGCACCUGCACCUACCUGCUGGCCGGCUCGUGCGGCCAGAACGCGGCCCUGCCCGCCUUUCGGGUGCUGGUGGAAAAUGAGCAUCGGGGGAGCCAGACCGUGAGCUACACGCGUGCCGUGCGCCUGGAGGCCCGCGGCGUGAAGGUGGCGGUGCGCCGGGAGCAUCCCGGGCAAGUGCUGGUGGAUGGCAUCCUUCAGUACCUGCCCUUCCAGGCAGCCGAUGGGCAGGUCCAGGUGUUCCGCCAGGGCCAAGAUGUAGUCAUUCGCACAGACUUUGGCCUGACUGUCACCUAUGACUGGAAUGCCCGUGUGACUGCCAAGGUGCCUGGAAGCUAUGCCGGGGCCCUGUGUGGGCUCUGCGGGAACUUCAAUGGGAACCCAGAUGACGAUCUAGCUCUGCGGGGUGGGGGCCAAGCUGACAAUGCACUGGACUUUGGGAAGAGCUGGCAGGAGGAGACAAGGCCCGGUUGUGAAGCAACCAAGCCAGGUGACUGUCCCAAGCUGGAUUCCCUGGUGGCCCAGCAGCUGCAGAGCAAGAAGGAGUGUGGGAUCCUUGCUGACCCUAAAGGGCCCUUCCGGGAGUGCCACCGCAAGCUGGACCCACAGGGCGCUGUGCGCGACUGUGUCUACGACCUCUGCCUGCUCCCAGGCCAGUCUGGGCCACUGUGUGACACAUUAGCUGCCUAUGCUGCUGCAUGCCAGGCCACUGGGGCCACUGUGCACCCCUGGAGGAGUGAGAAACUUUGCCCACUGAGCUGCCCGCCCCACAGUCACUACGAGUUGUGUUCCCGUGGCUGCCCACUGUCCUGUGGAGACCUCCCAGUGCCCGGGGGCUGUGGCUCUGACUGCCAUGAGGGCUGCGUGUGCGAUGAGGGCUUUGCGCUCAAUGGUGAGUCCUGCGUGCCCCUGUCCUCCUGCGGCUGCUUGUACCAGGGCAUCUAUCAUCCUCCGGGCCAGACCUUCUAUCCUGGACCGGGCUGCGAUUCCCUUUGCCACUGCCAGGAGGGCGGCCUGGUAUCCUGUAAGCCCUCCACCUGCGGCCCGCAUGAGGCCUGCCAGCCAUCUGGUGGCAUCCUGGGCUGCGUGGCUGUGGGCUCUGCCACCUGCCAGGCAUCAGGAGACCCUCAUUACACCACCUUCGAUGGCCGCCGGUUUGAUUUCAUGGGCACCUGUGUGUACGUGCUGGCUCAGACCUGUGGGACCCGGCCUGGCCUGGACCAGUUUGCUGUCCUGCAGGAGAAUGUGGAGUGGAACAAUAGGAAAGUCAGUGUGACCCGGGUGGUCACUGUCCAGGUGGCUAACUUCACCCUGCGGCUGGAACAGAAUCAGUGGAAGAUCAAGGUGAAUGGUGUGGACAUGAAGCUACCUGUGGUGCUGGCCCAGGGCCGGGUCCGUGCCUCCCAGCACGGCUCAGACAUUGUGAUCCAGACUGACUUUGGCCUGCGUGUGGCCUACGACCUCAUGUACAAUGUGCGGGUCACGGUUCCAGGCAACUACUACCAGCAGUUAUGUGGCUUGUGCGGGAACUACAACGGUGACCCCAAGGAUGACUUCCAGAAGCCUGAUGGCUCGCAGGCAGGCAGCCCCAAUGAGUUUGGCAACUCCUGGGAGGAGGCCGUGCCCGGCUCUCCCUGCGUGCGGCCACCCACCUGCAAGCCCGGCGAAGACUGCAACCCUCCAGAGUGUGGACCUGAGCUGCAGAGUAAAUACCAGCAGGAGCAGUUCUGUGGGCUCCUCACCAGCCCCACUGGGCCGCUGGCCGCCUGCCACAAGCUGCUUGAUCCCCAGGGUCCCUUGUUUGACUGUGUCUUUGACCUCUGCGUGGGUGACGGAAGCCAGAACAUUCUCUGCAGUAACAUUCAUGCCUAUGUGAGUGCCUGCCAGGCGCUUGGAGGCCAUGUCAAACCCUGGAGGAAUGAAUCUUUCUGUCCGAUGAAGUGCCCCUCCAACAGCCACUAUGAGCUCUGCGCAGACACCUGCUCCCUGAGCUGCUCUGCACUCAGUGCCGCCCCUCAGUGCCCGGAUAACUGUGCGGAGGGCUGCCAGUGUGACCCCGGCUUCCUCAGUGACGGCCAAGCCUGCGUGCCCAUCCAGAAAUGUGGCUGCUACCACAAUGGUGUCUACUAUGAGCCAGAGCAGACGGUACUCAUCGACAGCUGCCGGCAGCAGUGUGUGUGCCAUGCUGGGAAAGGCCUGGUGUGCCAGAACUACAGCUGUGAAGCGGGGCACGUGUGCCAGUCCGUGGCAGGCAUCCUGAGCUGUGUCAAAGAACUGUGCCAUGGUGUGACGUGUCGGCCACAGGAGACGUGCCAGGAGAAGGGUGGCCAUGGUGUGUGCGUGCCCAACUAUGAGGCCACGUGCUGGCUGUGGGGCGACCCCCACUACCACUCCUUCGACGGCUGGGACUUUGACUUCCAGGGCACCUGUAACUACGUGCUGGCAACAACCAGCUGCCCAGGGGUCAACUCCCAGGGCUUGACACCCUUCACUAUCACCACCAAGAAUGAGAAUCGAGGCAACCCUGCUGUGUCCUAUGUGAGGCUUGUCACUGUGACUGCCCUCAACAUCAACAUCUCCAUCCACAAAGGCGAAGUUGGCAAAGUCCGGGUGAAUGGUGUGCUGACAGCGUUGCCUACCUCUGUGGCUGGUGGGCGGCUUUCAGUGACCCAGGGAGCAUCCAAAGCAAUCCUGGCAGCCGACUUCGGGCUGCGGGUCAGCUAUGACUGGAACUGGCGAGUGGAGGUGACGCUGCCCAGUAGCUAUCAUGGUGCCGUGUGUGGGCUCUGUGGGAACAUGGACCGCAACCCCAACAAUGACCAAGCCUUCCCUAACCGCACACUGGCUCAUUCCAUACCCGUCUGGGGUGGAAGCUGGCGAGCCCCAGGCUGGGACCCACUGUGCUGGGAUGAGUGUCAGGGGUCCUGCCCAACAUGCCCUGAGGACCAGCUGGAGGAGUACCGGGGCCCUGGUUUCUGUGGACCCCUGGCCGCUGACGCAAAAGGCCCCUUUGCAGCCUGCCAUGCCCAUGUGGCACCUGAGAGCUUCUUCAAGGGCUGUGUUCUGGAUGUCUGCCUGGGCGGUGGGGCCCAUGACAUACUUUGCCAGGCUCUGGCUACCUAUGCUGCCGCCUGCCAGGCUGCUGGCAUUGUCAUCGAGGACUGGAGGACACAGGCCGGCUGUGAGAUCUCCUGCCCCAACAACAGCCACUACGAGCUCUGUGGCCCACCAUGCCCUGCCAGCUGCCCGUCCCCUGCGCCCCCCACGAUCCCAGCCCCAUGUGAGGGCCCCUGCGCUGAGGGGUGCCAGUGUGACGCGGGCUUUGUGUUGAGCGUAGACCGCUGCGUUCCUCUGGAUGGGGGCUGCGGCUGCUGGGCCAACAACACUUACCACGAGGCAGGCAGUGAGUUUUGGGCUGGUACCACCUGCUCCCAGAAGUGCCACUGCGGACCUGGGGGUGGCUCGCUGGUCUGCAAGCCUGCCAGGUGUGGGCUCGGUGAAGUGUGUGCCCUGCUGCCCUCAGGCCAGUAUGGCUGCCGUCCCGUUAGUACGGCUGAAUGUCAGGCCUGGGGUGACCCCCAUUACAUCACUCUGGACGGGCACCGAUUCGACUUCCAAGGUACCUGUGAGUACCUGUUGAGUGCACCCUGCCAUGCACCACCCGCUGGUGUUGAGAACUUCACCGUCACUGUUGCCAACGAGCACCGGGGCAGCCAGGCCGUCAGCUACACCCGCAGCGUCACCCUGCACAUCUACAACCACAACCUGACCCUCAGCGCCCGCUGGCCCCGACAGCUGCAGGUAAGGGGUCUGUGGAUCAGACAGGAGCACAUGCCAAGCCUGAAGUUGCCUGGGAGUUAGUGGCCUGCCAAUCCCUGAUUACCAAGCACAGGUUCAGAGUAUAGGCCUUGGAGCCAGAUGGCUUGGAGCGGUGGCUUCCCCACCUCUGAGCUUUUGCUUAUUCCUCUAAGAAAAGUAUCUGCUUCAGAGGGUGGUAUGAGGAGCCAGUGACAUCGUGACUAAAGAUUAUUACUAUUAUUAAAAGGAGGGAGGUCACAUGCUCAGGGUGCCCACGCCCCUUCCUGCUCCCUCCCACUCACACACCCAGGAGGUAGGAGACAGGAUUCCAAUCUGAGUCCUGGCCGGUCACUGCCUCCACCCACUCCACACGCCCGCAGGUGGACGGCAAGCUCGUGGCGCUGCCCGGCCGUGGCCGCCUACGUGGCAGCUUGCCAGGCCGCUGGGGCCCAGCUCGGCGAUUGGAGGCGGCCGGACUUCUGCCCCUUCCAGUGCCCUGCCCACAGCCACUACGAGCUCUGUGGUGACUCCUGCCCUGUGAGCUGCCCCAGCCUCUCGGCGCCAGAAGGCUGUGAGCCAGCCUGCCGGGAGGGCUGCGUCUGCGAUGCCGGCUUUGUGCUCAGCGGCGACACCUGCGUGCCUGUGGGCCAGUGUGGCUGCCUCCACGAGGGCCGCUACUACCCCCUGGGCGAGGCCUUCUACCCAGGCCCUGAGUGCGAGCGGCGCUGUGAGUGUGGGCCGGGCGGCCAAGUCAGCUGCCAGGAGGGCACAGCCUGCCAACCCUAUGAGGAGUGCCGAAUAAAGGAUGGUGUCCAUGCCUGUCACCCUAAAGGCUGUGGCCAUUGUGUGGUCAGUGGGGGCAUCCACUACAAUACUCUUGAUGGACGUGUCUAUGAUCUGCAUGGCUCCUGCUCCUAUGUCUUGGCCCGAGUCUGCCACCCACAGCCUGGGGAUGAGGACUUUGCCAUUGUGCUUGAAAAGAAUGCGGCUGGAGAUCCCCAACGCCUGGUGGUUACUGUGGCUGGCCAAGUUGUGGGCCUGGCUCAUGGCCUGCAGGUCACUGUGGACGGCGAGGCUGUGGCCCUGCCUGUGGCUGUGGGCCACGUACAGGUGACUGCUGAGGGCCGCAACAUGGUUCUGCAGACAGCCAAGGGGCUGCGGCUUCUCUUUGAUGGUGAUGCCUACAUCCUCAUAUCCGUCCCCAGCCCCUUCCAUGGCCGAACCUGUGGCCUCUGUGGAAACUUCAAUGGCAACUGGAGUGACGACUUUGUUCUGCCCAGUGGCACUGUGGCCCCCAGCGUGGAUGCCUUUGGAGCUGCAUGGCGGGCACCCGGCUCCUCCCAAGGAUGUGGCGAAGGUUUUGGGCCCCAGGGCUGGCCUGUGUGCUCAGCAGAGGAGACAGCGCCGUAUGAGAGCAUCAAGGCCUGCGGGCAGCUCCGGGACCCCAAGGGCGCCUUCGCAGCCUGCCACCCGGUGCUGAGCCCCUCUGAGUACUUCCGCCAGUGCGUCUUUGACCUGUGUGCCCAUAAGGGCAACAGCACCUUCCUCUGCCGUAGCCUGGCUGCCUACACAGCGGCCUGCCAGGCAGCCAACAAGGCCGUGAAGCCCUGGAGGACAGACAGCUUCUGCCCACUCAAGUGCCCUGCCCACAGCCACUACUCCAUCUGUACACAUUCCUGCCAGGGCUCCUGUGCAGCCCUCUCGGGCCUCAUGGGCUGCACUUCCCACUGCUUUGAGGGCUGUGAGUGUGACGAUCGCUACCUGCUCUCCCAGGGCAUCUGCGUCCCUGUCCAGCACUGCGGCUGCACCCAUGAUGGCCGAUACUUGCCAGUGAACUCCUCCCUGCUGAGCUCAGACUGCAGUGAGCGCUGUUCCUGUUCCUCAAGCACUGGCCUGACAUGCCAGGCAGCUGGCUGCCCUCUGGGUCGCGUAUGCGAGGUCGAAGCUGGGUCCCGGGACUGCUGGGUCCCCCCUGGUCUCUGUUCCCUCUUUAUGGGCACCAAUCUCACCACCUUUGAUGGAGCCCACAGUACUGUCAGAAUCCCUGGCAUCUACGAGCUCUCUUCCCGCUGCCCAGGAAUACAGAAGACCAUCCCCUGGUUCCGUGUGCUCGCUGAUGUCCACUCUUGCCAUGACAAAGUUGAAGCUGUGGGUCAGGUUCACAUCUUCUUCCAGGAUGGGCUGGUGACUGUGACCCCAAACAAGGGCGUGUGGGUGAAUGGUCUCCGAGUCCGAGUAGAUCUCCCAGCUGAAGUGUUAACAUCUGUGUCUGUGAAUCGGAAUCCGGAUGGCUCCAUGCUAGUCCAGCAGAAGGCAGGGGUCCGUGUACAGCUGGGCACCAAUGGGCAGCUGACUGUGAUGGUCAGCAGUGACCAUGCUGGGAUGCUGUGUGGUGCCUGUGGAAACUUUGAUGGGGACCAGACCAAUGAUGGGCAUAACUCCCAGGGAAAUACAACAGUGGAGCACUGGAGAGCACCGGACUUCUCCCCAUGUCAUGGCUGACCAGUUAUCCACUGGAAAUGAGGACUUCAGGACCUGAUCCCUCUGGAGGCUGCAAUAAUUCAAGGAUGCACUGUAUCACUGUGUAUUCCUUCCCUGCUCUCCCCCUCUGCUGAGCCGCUGAGGCUGAUUGUGAGAGCAUUGAAUAAAUAUCUUAAGCUAA